AUGUGGUCCAUUGAGUCUGUUUCUCGUCAAUUGCAAACAUGGACACAUCAAUUUGGUUCAAUCUAUGGUCUUUUUGAAGGUACUCGUCCCAUUUAUGUUGUGUCCCAUCCUGAGUUUCUUCGGGAAAUCUACAUGAAACAAUUUUCAUCAUUUCAUUCACGACAUCUUCCUUUUAUUGUUCGAAUAGCAACUCAAAACAAAAUGCAUUUGUUUAUUGCUAGUAGUUAUCAAUGGCACCGUCAACGACUUGUUGUUAAUCCAACAUUUUCAGCUGCAAAACUCAAACUCAUGACAGCUUUGGUGAAUGAAUGUAUCGAAUCAUUUAUGGACAAAUUAUCAGAAAAAUGUAAAGAACAAGCAGAUUGUAAUAUUAAUAUAAUUUACAAACGAUUGACUAUGGAUGUAAUUUGUAAUCCUUCUAAAAAUAAUUCUGAGAUGGAUGAUAAUGAUAGUGAUGUUAUGUCGAAAAAGCUUCAAUAUGAAGAAGUCAUCAGUAAUGUAUUUUUGUUUAUGAUCGCUGGUUAUGAAACAACAUCGACGGCACUCACCUAUUGUACGUAUAUUUUGGCAACACAUUCAACCAUUCAAGAAAAACUUCGUGCAGAAAUCGACGAACAGCAAGACAAAUAUGGAAGUGAUUAUGAUCGAGUUCAUAAUAUGAUCUAUCUAGAUUUAUUUAUACGAGAAGUCUUACGAAUGUUUCCCAUUGCACCUAAAGCUGUAUCGAGAGAAUGUAAUGAAACAACAACUGUUUGUGGUUAUGUCAUAGAAAAAGGAAGUGCCAUUCAGCCAGACGUGCUCUCACUGCAUUAUGAUCCAGACUUAUGGGGUCCUGAUGAUCCAAAUUUGUUUGUACCUGAACGACAUUUGACUCGGCGACAUCCAAUGGCAUACAUGCCAUUUGGUCAAGGUCCAUGCAAUUGUGUUGGAAUGCAAUUUGCUCUAAUGGAACUUAAAUUGCAACAAGUGCUUUCAAAUUUAAAAGAAUUACAAUGUGUUGAUGAUCUUGAUAAUGCUACAACUUUAAUUAAUAUUGAUUGUCAACAUCUUAUCUAUAAAUUUAAAUAUAAUAUGACACAUGAUCCACGUUUUGAUGAUGCAGUUGAAAAACAAUGUGCAAAAGAUGUACAAUUAUUUGAUGAAUGUGAAAAACUUAUUGAUGCACGUGAAUAUUUUGUUGAUGCAUGUGUGUUGGAUAUUGAAAAAUUAGAAUGUGGCCGAUUAGAUGAUGAUAAUCAAGAUUUAUCACAUGAACAAGGUGCUGCAUGUCGUGAUGAUCAAGAACGUUUAUGUGGACAAGUUGCAAGUGGUAGUGAUCGAGUUUAUCGUUGUCUUUAUGAUCAAAAGUUUAAUAGUAUGAUGUCAUCAGCUGUAGGUCAUUAA